AUGGGAUCGAGAGCCAUGACUAAGACUGGGGUUGAUCAUGGUAUAAGAAUGGAUGGACGUGAAUCAGUUCAGAGUUGGGAGGAGGAUGCAUGUAAAGCAUCAUCGAUCAUCGCGCGACUCGACGAAUGCACUUUAGGCAAUACGAACUGGUACGAGUGA